CAAGUAUUCAGUUAUUAGUGUGUUUUGUUGACCUCUGUUGUGUCUGUCAGACCGCAGGGUGGUGAUGCAACUAUGGAGUUGAGAACUACAGGAAGUGUGUUUGUGGUCUUCCUCUGCUCUGUGGCAGUGGUGCUGGGUCAGGACUGGGGAGUGACCUACACCCUGAAGAGUGUCUGUGCCUUGAGAGGCUCAUCAGUGAACCUGUCCUGCUCCUAUACUUAUCCCGAAGGUAAAGUCAGUAAAACAUUCUGGUUUACCACAUGGACGGAUAAACCCAACGACCUGAGUCUGGACCCAGAGUAUGCAGGUCGUGUGCAGUACCGUGGGGAUAACAAGAGUGAAGCAACCCUGACGAUUACAGACCUGAGAGAGAGAGAUGCUUCUGUGUACAAGUUCAGGUUUAUUACUGACCAACCAGAAGGGAAAUGGUAUGGUGAUGCAGGAGUCACUCUCUCUGUUACAGGUCUUCAGGUGAAGGUGACUCCGUCCACAGUGACGGAGGGACAGAACGUGACCCUGACAUGUAGCUCCACCUGUCCUCUGACUGGUAACCCCUCCUACAUCUGGUACAAGAACAACCAAACGAGGCCAGAGAACCAACAGAAGCUCCUGUACCUGGACUCAGUCAGCAGUGAGGAUGCAGGCAGAUACUCCUGUGCUGUGACAGAACACCAGCAUCUCCGCUCUCCUGAAGAGACUCUCAAUGUCACGUACAAGCCAAGGUAUCUAUCAGUGUCAGUCAGCCCCUCUGGUGAAGUAGUGGAGGGCAGUUCAGUGACUCUGACCUGCAGCAGUGAUGCUAACCCACCAGUGCAGACAUACACCUGGUACCAGGAGAACAUCACCUCAUCUAAAUCAUCUGGACAGAGCUACACCAUCACUAACAUCAGAUCUGAGGACAGUGGAGGAUACUACUGUCAGGCUGGGAAUACAGUAGGAGCUACAAAGUCCUCCUUUUUAAUGAUCACUGUGAUCGUUAGGACAGGGAUCUCAACAGCUCAGGCUGCAGCAGCAGGAACCACAGUCUCUGUUCUCCUGGCCGUCAUCCUCCUCUCUGCCUGCCUCCUCUGCAGGAGAAAGAAGGCUUCCAAACCUUCUACUGAUCCCAGGCCCUCGGUAGACAAUGGACAGGGGGACUCCUGUUUUGUGUAUGACAACGUCUCAGCCACAACCCUGAACCCUGUCCCUGCUGUCCAGACACACACACACACACACAGACACACACACACAGACACACACACACACACAGACACACACACAGACACACACACAGGCCAGCAGGAUGACGUUCACUACGCUAGCGUCGACUUCUCUCGCUCCAAGACCCAUGACGUCCCCCUCUACUCCAACAACCAAUCAGUGCAGCCCCAGAACCAGGAAGAGGAUGUGCAGUACGCUGCUGUGAAGUUCAACCAUCUCAAUCCUGCCCCCUGAGUCACUGUUCAGACCACCGAGGAUCCCUCUGUACUCUACUGCACCGUCACCAGAGCCAGGACCUGAACACACACACACACUCUUACACACACUCACACAUAACACACACAUUGAUUCAAUGCCUGUUAGAUUAUUAAGUAAAAUAUGAUAUUCUUAUGCCAUCUGACUUGAAUCAUAUGCCACAGGCCAAAAAAUAUUUUUGGAACCUUUCA